AGCCUCGGUUCUAACGCUUCCAGUCCCGAGGAACGCCAUGGCGGAGCUGGACCCACUGGCGGAGGAGCUGUCGUGCUCCAUCUGUCUGGAGCUCUUCAGGGUGCCGGUGACCACGCCGUGCGGCCACAACUUCUGCGCUUCUUGCCUGGACGAGACGUGGGCCGUCCAGGGCUCUCCGUACCGGUGCCCGCAAUGCCGCGCCGUCUACGAGACGCGGCCGCAGCUGAACAAGAACACCGUGCUGUGCACCGUGGUGGAGAAGUUCCUGAGCGCCGAGCAGGCUCGGGCGGUGUCGGUCGACUGCUGGACGCCGCCCGCCCGAUCCGCGGACCCCAGCGCGGCCGAACAGGUGGCCUGCGACCACUGCCUGAAGGCGGCCGCCGCCAAGACAUGCCUCGUGUGCAUGGCCUCCUUCUGCCAGGAGCACCUGCAGCCGCACCUCGACAGCCCGGUCUUCCAGGACCACCCGCUGCAGCCACCUAUCCGUGACCUGCUGCACCGCAAGUGUUCCCAGCACAACCGGCUGCGGGAGUUCUUCUGCCCCGAGCACGGCGAGUGCAUCUGCCACAUCUGCCUGGUGGAGCACAAGGCCUGCUCGCCGGCGCCGCUGAGCCAGGCCAGCACCGACCUGGAGACCAAGCUGAAGCAAAAACUGGCCAUCGUGUACAGUCAGAUCAACGGGGCAUCGAAAGCGCUGGAGGACGUGCGAGCCAGGCAGCAGGACGUGCGGGAGGCAGCAAACAGGAAGAUUGAUGAGAUCAGACAAGAAUACAUGGAAAUAAAGGCUCUCGUUGAGGCCUCAGAGGCCAGCUCUACACGGAAGAUAAAGGAAGAGGAGAAGAGGGUCAGCUACAAGUUUGACCACAUUUUUCAGGUCCUCCUCAAGAAGAAGAGUGAGAUCCAGACCCUGAAGGAGGAGAUUGAAGUUGCCCUGAGUAAGGGGGAUGAGUUUGAGUUUCUGGAGAAAGCCUCAAAACUGCAAGGAAUCUCAACAAAGCCAGUCUACGUGCCCAAGGUCGAGCUGAAUCAUGAGCUGAUAAAGGGGGUCUAUCAGGGUACCAUAGACUUCAAAAAAGAGCUGAAGCGGCAUGUCAGUCAGUCCCAGGAGAAGAGGCCCGAGGACUCCACCAGCCCAGGUGAUCCUGGAGAGCCUGUCCCACCUUCCACGUACAAGUUGCCACGCCCUGUGAGGAAGGCCCCAAAAGAAGAAAAGAAAGCCAAGAGACCCACGCCUGCCCCUUCCUUGCCAAGCAAGCCUCCCACCUUCAAAGAGCCAGAACAAGCUGACCCGGAGGCCAAAGGGGCCGUCUCACAGCAAACUGCAGCAGUCAAGGCCAAGACGCUGGAGGCCUUCUUAGCCAUGACCAGACCUCAGCUCCUGGAGUAUGCCACUAAAGUCAUCCUGGACUUCAACACCGCCCAUAACAAGGUGGCUCUGUCAGAGAACUACACCACGGCUUCUGUGGCUGAAACCCCCCAGAAUUACCGGCCACAUCCCCAGAGGUUUACAUAUUGCUCGCAGGUGCUGGGCCUGCACUGCUACAAGAGAGGGGUCCACUACUGGGAGGUGGAGCUGCAGAAGAGCAACUUCUGCGGGGUGGGCAUCUGCUACGGCACCAUGGAGCGGCAGGGCCCUGAGAGCCGGCUUGGCCGCAACAGCGCCUCCUGGUGUGUGGAGUGGUUCAACACCAAGAUCUCAGCCUGGCACAACAAUGUGGAGAAAACCCUGCCCCUCACCAAGGCCACGCGGGUCGGCGUGCUUCUCAACUCACCCCAAUUCAGAAGAGUGGAGCUGCACUGGCCGAAGUGAGAAAGCAGAGCUGCCACUGCUCGCUGCCCUUGGGAGUCUACUCCACUAGCCCAGGAAGCAAGGCCUUAGACCACCGGGACUCCAUGGACCACAGUCCAAAAACCACAGGGUCACACAAGAAACCGAGGCUACCAACUUCUGUGUAAUAGAGUUUAGACAAAUACGUCAAUUUGGAUAAAAUGAGAACAAGUUUUUCACAGUUCUUUUAAAAGAAUAAUUUGGGGGGAAGAGCGCAGUUAGUAGGGAGAAAUACAAUUUUAAGAACAUCCAAUUAAUUCAAUUUGUCUGCAUGACAUCUAUCUGGCAAAAGGCCUGGGUGAUCCAGGAGGUACAGACCAGUAGCUUUCACGUGUCAGAGUGCAUCAGAAUCACCUGAGGUGUUUGUUGAUACAAACAGAGCUUUCUAUGCCUCAUCCCUAGAGACACUGAUCCAUUAAGUCAGAGUUUGGGCCCAGGAAUCCACACUUUGAGUAAGUUCCCCAGAUGAUCUGGGGGCUGCAGAUAACCUGCAGAUUACACUUUGAGAAAUACGACAUAGGCCUUAAAGGAAAAUCUGAGAAAAGGGGCAGCUUUUAAAAAGCAAAAACAAAGCACAACCUCUUCCAUCUUGCUGCUGAGAAUGUAUCUUCAUCCAGACUGAGAUACAGUAACAAAACUACUUUUGAAAUUUCUAGAUACUUUUCAUAAAUCUACCUACAUUCCAUUAUAUCAAAUUAGGUAGAAUUUAAAAAACAUUUCUGAAUAUAAAGUGCUGGUUCUUGCUUCAGUAUUAUGAUUUCGAGGGAAAACACACAAAACUAUCAAUCACUCAUUCUACUGAACUUUUAGGUUGAACAAGUACAAAUUAUGUAUUCGGAUCCACAUUAAUCUAUAAAUUAAUAUAGUUUCUAAAGUUUUCUAGAUAGUGCAAAUUUAAAGUUUCAUAAUAUACAUUAAAUACAAUUUCACUUUACAUUGAAAAUGCAAAUUGCUUUUCUUUUGACAUGCUGUAGUAUUCAUUUUUACAGUGCAAAAAGGACUUUACAACAUCUAAGUCACAGUAUACAACACUAAGUAAACGUAUUUCGAAAAGCAAAUGCUGAACAUUUUAUGACACUCUAAAAAAAAAUAAAUAAAUAAUCUUGACUAUAAAAUCUUUAUAAACAUUAGCUACAUUAAGGGUUCACAGCUAAUUGUAGAAGAAAACCUAAAACACAUUUAAGAUCUUACAAUUUUACUAUUAGAAAACCUGUAUUUUAAAACGCAAGUCAGUCUGGUUUACAUUAAACAUAAUAAAGCACUGAGAAUCAUCAUAUGAAAUCUAUAUGAGCUGCCAAGUAUUCAGUAUUUAAGCCACUAAGUGUAAAAGGAGUUAGGAAAGUAUUAGGAUAAUGAAACAUGAGAGAGAUAUGAAAACAGAUAUGGAGAUACGCUUUACUUUGUAUUUCUUCCUGAGAAUGUUGAACUUAAAAAAAAUAAUCAAGAUAGUUUAAAAUAGAAGAGGAAAAUGUUAUGAUAAAUUAUUUUGUAAAGCAUAGAAUUUCUAGUAAGGUAAACAAUUGUUACCCUAAUAUAUAACCUGCAAAUAUGAAUCUCAUAAAUUGCAUUUAUUUCAUACAAGGCACAUGCCUAUACAUUUAUUUGAAAUGCUGGGUAAAUGUGCCUAAAAAAAGUAAGUAAAGUUUGUGAAAUCAAGAUGAAGAUGUGUUUUGUGAUAUGGUAUUCUGAAAUAAAUUUCCUAAAUAAAAAUUAAGUUUAAUUGCGUGAAUAAGGCAGCAGAAAAACUUCCUGAAGGGUUGGAAAGAAAAAAAAAGUCUCACUGGAUUAUAAAUGAAUAAUCAAUUUGCUUAAAUAAAUGAGGGAGUUGUACAUAAACCUGCACUAAAUCCAAUUUAACAUUAUGCUUGAAGUAGUUUCAGCAAUUAAAAAAAACUGUAGUUAUUUUGACUAUUUUAGUUUUGAUAUCCCAAAUUAACUACUUACUUUGCUUCUAUAAUUGGCACUAUGAAUUAUAGGUAAAAUACAACCUAAAGCAAAGUGAAUUUAACAGUAUGUUUAUAAAAUAAAAAUGUGACCAUGAAUUAAAACGAUAAAUCUAAUUAUACUCAAAACAUGAUCUGCUCAUAAAAAGGAAAAGCUACCAAACUUUCCCAUCACUACAGGAGAAGGCUACCUGCCAGGAGAGGGGUAUGAAGAAGGUGAAAACAGAUCUGCUCACACAAUCUUUCAAUACUGGAAUUAGCAUCACUUGCUCAGACCU